UGCUUGAUAAGACCUGAGUCGCAACAUCCUGGUGUGGUGUGUCGACUUGUGCUUUAAGAGUCAGGAAAAGGGUGGGGAAAGAAGACUGGCGCCUGAUUGGUUCCAACGCUCUCCUUUGCUGCCACAAUACUGCAACCACGUGACCUGGCUGUUUUCAACCCACUUCCACGCGUGCAUUUAAAAAGACGGACAGUGUAGAUCGGCGUUAUGUGCACCCACCCAAGUGCAGUAGAUUCUAAAGCACGAUUCGAUGCAUCGUAAGUGAGGAGGAAGAAGUGGGUGGAGGAGGCGUGAGGGAGAAGCAUGGCGGCGGCAGCGAGCAGCAGCAGCCCCUCCGCCGCGGCCACGCUUCUUCACGGCCACCGCAUCAACAACUCGCAGACGCGGAAACGCAUCGAUUCAAGGCGGAGGCAAGCGGCGCUCUCAUUCCUCACCAACAUCUCCCUGGAUGGGCGACCCGUGCAAGGCGAGUGCCAGGAGGUUCAGGACGUCGCCGAGGAAGGAGACUCGGAAGCCCCGAAUUGCAUGGUGGAGCGAGGCGCUGACGCCGCCGCCGCCUCGGCUGCUGCCGCCUCGGCUGCCGCUCUUGCCGCCGCCGCGACCGCCUUGGCCAACCUGGCGAGCAGCCGAAGCAGCUCAGUGGCUUCGUCUGCAUCCGUCGCCCCAGAACUCGGCGAGGGUGAAACGAUUACUCAGGCGUAUUCUCCUCCUCCGGCGGCGGCCGCGUUCGGCUCGCCUCUCUCGGCUCUCGCCGCCUCGGCCCGGGGCAGAUUGCAGACUUACACCCCGGGGGUCGCGCCCGCGCCGUACUCCAGACAAGGAUCCCAGAACUACUGCCUGGAGGGCGGACAAAUCGCCAACUCUGCCAUUGAGUUACAGCGAUCGAGACGCCGGCUCAUCUCCCAGCGCUCAUCGCUAGAAACAUUGGAGGACAUUGAGGAGAAUGCUCCUUUGCGCAGAUGCCGGACUCUGUCAGGUUCUCCUCGACCAAAGAGCUUUAAGAAGAUCCACUUCAUUAAGAACAUGCGGCAACACGAUAUGCGCAACGGAAGGAUAGUCCUAAUCAGUGGCAGAAGAUCCUUCUAUAGUGUAUUUUCAGUGCUGCCCUAUCGAGAUUGUAGCCAAGCGGGGGACGUGAAGAUGGAGGCGUCGGGGCGGCAGCGCCACCCAUCGGGGGGCGUCAGCGCCAAAGAGAUGGUCAUCGGCCUCGAGGGCGUCGAGCUCGGGGCGGAUGGAAAGACGGUGUCGUACACUCAGUUCUUGUAUCCGACCAACGUGCUGGGCGGGCGGAGGAACACCAUCGACUCCACGUCGUCCUUUUCGCAGUCUCGCAACGCCAGCCAUCGCAGCCUCAGCCUGGCCCGUGCCAACAGCAACCAAAGCAGCUUGGACACCGGCAACGACCUGAGUGAGUUCCGCGAGUACGACCCCAACCUUCUGGACGACCCUCAGUGGCCUUGCGGGAAACACAAGCGAGUGCUCAUCUUCCCGUCAUACAUGACGACGGUCAUCGAGUAUGUGAAACCCUCCGACCUGAAGAAGGACAUGAACGAAACCUUCAAGGAGAAGUUCCCUCACAUCCGCCUCACGCUCAGCAAGAUCAGAAGCCUGAAGCGGGAGAUGAAGAAGCUGGCCCAGGAUGAGUGCGGCUACGAAGAGCCCACGGUGGCCAUGGCCUUUGUCUACUUUGAGAAGCUGGUGCUGCAGGGCAAGCUCAACAAGCAGAACCGCAAACUUUGUACAGGGGCCUGCGUCCUGCUGGCGGCUAAGAUAGGCGGCGAUCUCAAGAAGCACCAAGUCAAGCUUCUUAUUGACAAACUGGAGGAGAGGUUCCGCGUGAACCGUCGCGAGCUGAUCGCCUUUGAGUUCCCCGUGCUGGUGGCGCUGGAGUUCAACCUGCAUCUCCCCGAGCAUGAGGUCAUGCCGCACUACAGACGCCUACUGCAGACUUCAUAGCGGUGGCGGCGGCGGGCAGCCCCGUUUUCUUCUAUUCACGCUACUGUUGCAGAACCUGGGUCUCUUUUUCUUUUUUUUCUUCUUUUCUUUAUUUCCCCCGCCACCAUUUUGUACAUUUUAGACUUAUUUUAAAAACUUUUUUGGGGUUGUGAACUGGAUCCUCUCCUUUCACAUUUCUUUUAAUCAUCAAACUGCUUUGCAUUUGCUUGCUUGCGGUUUGGCGAUUGUCUUAAAAAAAAAAGUGCACUUUUUCCGGAGUAUUACAAGAUAUUUACGCAGCUUAUAGUUGGAAUUUUUUUCUUAGUUCUAUGCAUGAGGAAACAUUGUUUGUCUUCUCUUCCAUUCCAUUGUGCUAUUCCGAUCACUUUGACCAGUGUGUAAUCUUCACCUGCUCUAUGUUAGAGUGUUUUGCUAGCACCUUAAGGUGCUCUAUGGUUGUUAAGGUGCUCGUUUUUGGUUGCCAGAGAAGGAAGGGUUAGGGUGCAUACAAGCGUCCAGUUGCUGUCCAUUUGGGUGAGUGUCACUUUUUUUGGAACAUCCACUGAACUCCAUGUCAAUUGGUGUCAGGGGCUUUCUUUAAAACAAAUGUUUCAGAGGGCUUCUAAUAAAUAUUCACUUGAUUUGGCAUGUUAAUGAUUUGAUGUCUCAUCAUAAGCCCUCUCCAGCAAGAAGUUAAAAUAAAAAAUCAUAGGAAGAGCUAAGAUGUAUUUGUCAUUCAGUUUUCUGGGGAUAUUUAAGAUUAUUUCACCACAUUUGAUUGUUGCUGGCAAAAUUAUCGGUAGCUAAGAACAGACUGAAGGCUAUUAUUACUGCUUGAUUAUAACUGUAAAUAAAACAUUUGCUUGUCCAAUCAAAAAGA